UGAGUGUCGAUGAGAUCAAGGCUUUGUAGCUUUAUAUGCACCUCUCCACUUUCAAGUGCCCACAGUUUACUAAAUACUAUCAUCUUUCAGGAUCUCCCUUCAUUCCAUUAUAUUAUUCUUUUCUUCACAACUUCAUCAGUGCCUCCUUCAAGAUCAGAUCAACCUUCAGCUUGAGAAACAUGUAUGCUGGAAGUUUUGCAGCUCCGGUUUCUGGGGCUGGCUAUGUUGGUUUAAAGUCCAACUCUUCAAAUCUUUAUACUACUACUACUAACAUUGAAUGGUGCAAGACAAAGAACAUAGUCUCCAAUGGUUCCAAAACUCACUGCAUGAAGACAUGGAAUCCAAUCAAUAAUAGGAAGUUUGAGACACUGUCAUACCUGCCUCCACUUUCAGAUGAGUCCAUCGGAAAGGAGAUUGACUACAUGCUGAAGAAAGGAUGGACUCCUUGCCUUGAAUUUGAUGAGGUAGGGUGUAUUAGAAGAGAGAACAGCAGAAUGCCAGGGUACUAUGAUGGAAGAUAUUGGACACUGUGGAAGCUACCAUUUUUUGGUUGCACUGAUUCAUCACAAGUAAUGAAUGAGAUCAAAGAGUGCAAAGAGCAAUACCCAAAUGCUUAUAUAAGAUGUUUGGCUUUUGAUGAUCAUCGUCACAUGCAAGCCAUGGCUUUUCUCAUCCACAAACCUCCUUCCACUUAAUUAAGACCCUUCAAUCUUCUGCAGCACUUACUGUUCAUGUUUCCUCGUUUUCAUCUUUUUUUUUUUUAUUUGCUUUUAUUUUCUGUCAUCUUUUAUUUACUGUUUGGUCAUGUGACUAUUGCAUAAAUAAGAUUGAUGAUCAAGAGUUUUAGCGGUUUUGUUUA